GUGAGGGCGCUGAACCAAACGAGGUAAUCAGGUCACACCCUGGCGGUCAUUGCGGCCAUCCUGACCCACCCCUCGCUUUUGAUUGACAUACACUUGACUCCACCCCUUUACUACAGCCCCCGAAUGGCUGUGGAGCUGUCCGUGGUGCUGAUCGUGAAAACACUGAGUGAGUGGAUGAGAGCGAGAGAGAGAGAGAGUGAGAGAGAGAGAGAGAGAGAGAGAGAGGAGGAGGGAUGAGGAGGCGUGUUUUUUUGUGUUUUGGUGCCUGAGUUAAUCUGCCGUGGCAUCCGCUCUCACUCACACACGCACACACUCUUACAUUCACACACACACACAUGCACACACACACACAUGCACAUGGGAGCAGAGCAGUGCUGGAGUGAGAUGAUGCCAGUGUGAUGCCCGUGUAAUGCCCGCAAGAGGAUAUCUGCUGGAGGUCCACAGUCUCGGAUAAAUCUUUGCCGACUUUUGAUUUUUGAGACUCGACUCAGAUGAAGAAGCUGGAAGACGCUGUCACCUCGUCACUAUGACGAGUUCCCGCUCAGCCUGCUGUACUGACGAUUUGUUGGACUUGGAUUAAGUGUUUUGCAGGUUUAAGGAGUUUUGGAGAACGUCGACCUCAAACCCCUCCUGUUCCUGCACCUUGAGGUAAAUCAGGAGUGCUCUGUGACUUGUACGAUGGCCAGCGUGCUUCGUCUGGGACUGGAGUCGGAUUCUCAGGCUUGUAGCAAGGCUUCGUCCCAGUUUGCACGGCUGCGCAGGAUUCACCUGAACAGGUGUGAAGCACGGCCUGCAGGGACUCAGCUGCUCUGAAGUGCAGUUGGCAUGCCCCUGACCAUGAUGAGCUCCAGAGAGGAAGAAGCAUUGCGGUUUUUCCAGUACGUCGAGGACAGCGGCCUGAGGGCGUACAACGGCGUAGUGACUCGUGACCUGGUGUGGAAUGAGAAAAGCCGAAGCGUUCCGGAGAAGAACGACAAGAAGAGAAAGCAGGAGGAGGUUGUUAAAAGGACGAGUGAGGAGGUGGCCGUGGAGGGGAAACACCUGCGUAUGGGAUCUGCUACCAUGUCGGAGCAGCAGCAGUUUUCCGUUCGUUCUCAGUCCCUUAACUCUGUAGGAGGUGUAGAGGAGGAAGAGGGCAGCCCGAACUCCCGCAAACAGCCUCCACCCAAACCACGCCGUGACCCCAACACCAAACUCAGCGCCUCCUCUGAGGCCGUGGACCACAGCGCCACCACCUGCAAGGGAGGACACUCCCACAAGUGGGAUGCGACUCAGGGCUGCAGCGAGGAGUGUAGACGAGUUCCACCUCCAAAGCCCAAGAGGAAUCCUAACACACAGCUGAGCACUUCCUUUGAUGAGUCCUACAUCCUGAACUCAAAAGACUCACCCCCAAUGGCUCCUUCUCCUAUUUCUCCUGUUUCUCCUCCACAACCUCAGAGCCCACAGCAGGACUCAGAGUCAGAGGAACCUGUUUAUAUUGAGAUGUCAGGGAAUGCAGUGAGAGAUCCGCCCUCUCGUGCCGAGCCUGAGGAGCCGGGCGAGGCCGUCUACGAGGAGAUGAAGUACCCCGCUUUUGAUGACUUUGAUUCACGCUGGGAUCUUUUGGGGUACCGCUCUCAGUGCAUCACGCCAUGUCCAUCUGAUAUGGACAUCCAUGCUGCCAUGAACUACACCUCCACCCCUCGGAGUGCAUCACAUUGCGACAUCCCUGCCCCAUUCCCCAACCUGCUAACACACCGUCCACCUUUGCUGGUCUUUCCACCAGUGCCUGCACAGUGUUCGCCCAAUUCUGAUGAAUCCCCACUCACGCCGGUGGACGUGACCAAGCUGGCCAUGUUAGAGAAUGCUGCCUACUCAAAGUCUCCCUCGUCCUCCUCCUCCUCAAUGGAGCCCCUUAGUUCUGCCUCGUCCUCUCACCUCAGACGGGCUGAGAGGGAACUUACGGCGACGCCCACUAUCACAGUCUCAGGUCGCUCUUCGGCGCCACCGUUGCCAUGCGCUCUCUACAGAGGCUCCACAAGCUCUGCAGGGGCUCAGCGGAGCCACUCGGCAUGUCCGUCUCCCGUCAGCAUGGGCCGCUGCCUCACGCCGCUCAGCCUCAUGAGGGCACCACCUUUCGAAGGGUCCUUCAGUGGAGCUGCCCUGCCACGACACCACAGCUCAACACAGAACGUUGCAGCAGGACGUUCACGGACCCCCACCAGCCCUCUGGAUGAGCUCACCAACUUGUUCACCAGUGGCAGAAACAUGCUGAAGAAGACCUCCAGCGGCCGGAAGAGCAAAGAGCCCACUGAGAGUGAAGCCAAAGGGAAGGGCCAUGGUUCUGAAUCCAAACACAAGGAGCACAAGGAGAAGAGCCAUCACAACAAGGAGUCCAAAAGGGACAAGGAGCGCAGUGGGAAAUCCUCGCAUCGACGUGAAAGCAAAGAUCGAGAGCCGGGCAGCAUCGAGGCCUUACAGAGACGUGACAGUAAAGACAGAACUGGCAGCAAUGCAGAGCCAAUAGUGAGACGUGAUAGCAAGGACAGGGGCAUCAAUGUGGAGCCAGUACCGAGGCGCAACAGCAAGGACAAGGGCAGCAAUGUGGAGUCAGUAGCAAGGCGAAACAGCAAGGACAAGGGCAGCAAUGUGGAGUCAGUAGCAAGGCGAAACAGCAAGGACAAGGGCAGCAAUGUGGAGCCAGUAGUGAGGCGAAACAGCAAAGAAAAGGGCUGUAGUGGUCCAGAGCUUCUUCCCAAACAGGGCAGCAAAGACCGAGGGUGCAGCACCAGUGAGCCCAUUGUGAAGCAUGACAGCAAAGACUGGAUCAGUAACAAUAUCGAACCUUUACCUAGACGUGACAGCAGGGACAGGAUCUGCAAUGGCUCAGAGCUCAUGCUCCGACAAGACAGCAGAGACUUUUUGAGGAAUGGUCUGGAACGACAUGAUAGCAGAGACCGAGGUGGUUAUGGGCCAGACUUGUUAACAAGACACAGUGGUAAGGAUCAGGGAAGAACUGGCCUGGAGGGUCGGUGCAACAGCAAAGAAGGAAGAAAGAACAGUUUGGAUUUUCUUCAGGGUAACAGCAACAUGGCAGACUCUGGAUGGGACUGUAAGGAACGGAUGAGUAAUGGGACAGAUGUUGUAAAUAGGAGAGACUACAAAGAUAAAGGAAUUCACUUGACAGAACCCCAUCACAAGAGUAAGGACAAGAGCAGCUACAGUACGGAGUCCCCCAAAGCACAUGACUGGGAUACAAGGUCUGGACCUCCAACCAGUAUGUCCAGCCGGAGUAGACGAUCACCUGUUAGUCCUACCACAAUGAUGGGGAAUUCUGAAUUGAAGAUGGUCCCAAAGGUAGCCCAGUUCCUGUCCACACCACUUGCACCAUCUCCAUUAGGCACACCUCAGAGACGACCGUCAGAGGCCCAAGAGCACAUGCCACCCUUCCCCUGGCUAUGUGGUGACAGCACCAUGAUGGAGACGAUUGAGAGGAAACAGCGAUUGUGCCGUGAGAUCAGAUCCCGUCAACGGCCCCCUGAACGGAGCCAGAUGGAAAGCGUGCCUAGCUGCAAGAAAGCCAAUGGGCAAAAGAAAUAUGGCCCACCCCCAUAUCCCACUCAGACUACCGUCUUUUGGGACACCGCAAUCUGAUUGGUCGCUUAGCACUUCAGGAUUUAGCUUUGCUCCUCCCACUGGCACCAAACGAGGGGAGCACCUAAUCAUCCCCAGCACUGUUUCUGCUAAAAGACAGGCAGUGGGAUUAAUUUAGCAAUAUUUCUGAGCGUGCCGAUCGUCAGGUUUUUGUAUUAACCUUUAUCUAAUAUUUUUGUAUUGUGAUUCCUUGUAAAUGGAACCUAGUAUUAACAGAUAUUUUAUAAACAAAAUGGAAUAUGUUUGCAAAGAAUAUGUAGAGUUAGCACAAUACAGUUUGUUCUUUUGUAUUUUUUUUCGCUUUUUUUUUUUACACUACAAUGCAAACUAUGAAAUGGAACCAUUAAUUUUCACAGGCCUUUAUCUUUCAGACCUCUCAAAAUUUCUGUGGUAUAUUGCCAUAUUAAAAAUGAAGUGUAUUUUCACAUUGGAUGUGAAAUUGGACUAGGGCUAGCUUUCUUUUCGCUGGCUUGCCACACUACGGAAUUGAUAGAAAUGUGCAAUUAAUGGGUACUGGUUUUAUUUAAGAGUUGAUCAGAUUUUUUAUUAUUAAUUAUGUUUUUAUGUGAGCUUUGGCUUUAGUAUGCAAGUCAAAAUCGAAGGUUUUGUAUGCUAUGUAAGCAUGAAUGAAUUCAAUGUACAAACAUGGCACAGCAUAAGGGCAACCAGUAUAAGUUUAUGAAAGGUUAAUGGAAGAUAAGACUAGGAUGUAGACUAGGAUCCCUUUUAUCCUAGGGAACCUAUUUUUAUUGGGUGAUUUUUCUGUUUGUAAAUGGCAGAAGGUGCUGUAGAAGUUACUUUGGGCCUGUGUUUGCCCAGAGAUUAAUGACAAUCUGUAACCUUGAAAUAUUCUUUAAAUCUUUAAACACUAUUUAAAAUGUUUUGUGCUUGUUUAAGAAGGUUUUUAGAAGGAGGUAAUUUAUUGGCAUGGUCACGCUUACUGUAUUAAUAAGUUUGGUUUGAUGGAUUUGUGAUGGACACAAUCAGCCCUAUUUGGGCAUUUGAAACCAAUGACCAACGGCUCUCAGCUGGAGCCUUAAAGGACGUAGCAACUGUAGCUACUUCACUCAGUAAUUGGGAAUAAUAGAAGAAAAAAAUGCACUCCCAUAAUCUUCCGCAUCAGUUGGUUGGAUACUUGUCACCCUCCCUCUACCUCAACCAUUCAGAUUAGUUCAAGUGGUUAUUCAUCUUCAAAGUAUUUUUGGAUCUGGAUCUGUUUGGAGUCAGGGGUGGACAAAUAAUAAGUUCAUUAGCUAGCCCACUGGGAACAUGAAAGCUCCAAUGUGCUGCCCAGUCCUGUGUUUUGGUUGCCUGGAAACCUAACUGACAAGGCUAAAAUGUGGCAGCUAACAUAAUGUAAUGUAUGGUGAGCUAGUUAUCUAGUUAAAGGCAUUAAUCCAGACAAGGAAGGAAAACAUCAAGGAAAAUAAAUGAGUUUAUGAAUUGCCACAGAGGGGAUGAAUGUGUAACCAUAGUACUCAUUCUCUCCUGAUGUAGCCUGUUGAUGUAGCACAUUGUGUUAAGGUGGAUGACAAAUGGUCACCAAGUUGCUAAAGUCCUUAUUUUCUCUCAAUAUUUUUAACCACAGUGUGACUCUGCGUCGUGCUAGCAAGCGAAUUAUAUGACCGCUUUGUGCUAGAUUUGUUUUUCUGCUUGUGUCAGGCUACUAAUUUGUCCACCCCUGGAAGUGAAACCCAUCCCCUUUCAUUCUUGCCAUGAACUUCAUGUAGGUAAAGGUAAUGCUUGUACACUCACUGUAACUGGGACCAAAGGUAUCAAACAGUGUAGCCUAGCUAACACUAGCUAAUGCAUUGUUCGCAAUUGUAAAAGUAAGAAAUUGUAUUUAUGCUAAAUAGUAUUAUUACUAAAUAAGUAUUAACAAACACACAUUUUGUCAUUUUGGAAAAGAAAAAAUGGUGUUUACGUACAUAAUCGCAGGCUGAUGGUCAGUUAGUGAUCCUAAGUAGCCCGUCUCUGACUGAAGCCUGUUUUACACUGUGCGAUUUCUUUUAAGGGUAUUACUUGUCACACUGUAUGAGAUGAUCCCAAUAAUAUCUUGGCUGAAUUCUAUAACAGACAGAGCGAUAAUGUUGUCCAUGUCAGGUUUCAUGAUGAAGAUCCCUCAGUAUAAUAGCAGCAGUGUUAAGCCUAGAGAAAAGGUUGUAAAAGAGUCAUUCAUGGCUCGGUAAAAGGGGACACCAUGGAAUGCGUAUUCUUCAAAGUGAGCUUGAGGUAAUAAGGAUUUUUUUUCUGUCCAUUAGCAUGUUUUGCCACUAAAUCGUGUAAAUCGUGUACAGUGUAAACCUGGCUUGAAAUGAAGCAAAAACACAACAUCAGAGUAGCCGUGACUAUGUGGCCAUACUAUGGUAUGGUUUUUUUAUCCUGUGUGUCUACAAUGUAUGCAGGUCAUUUAUUACAUGAUCUUUUGACAUUCACUCCGGAGUUCCCCGAGGGUGCUGGUUAAGGAACGCUGUAACGAUGUACAAUCUCUCUGUAUGUAAAAUGUGCACUGUGACUGGUAGAAAGACUACGUCCUUUGUCUUAUUGCACUGAGUGUUAUCUUAUCUGUAUAGUAAUGUUUGAGGAAACAAAAAUGAAGUAUACUGGUUGUCAUGAGGGUCUUUCAGAGAGAAAUAAAUAUGAAUUUCAAUCUGCUAUUAAA